AUGUGCCUGGGGGAUCAGGGCCACCGCAAGCUCGUGGCUGACCCCGGGAAGGUGGAGCGCAUGGGGGUGUUUGGGCCGCACAGUGACGAUGCGCCCACCCUCUCUCGGCUAAAUCUCAGCACGGACGACCUGCUGCUGCUGCACUACCGCGAGCUCGGCUUCGUGAGCGACCUGCACGUGUGCAAUGAGACGGUGCACGUGCGCGACAGCGUCGGGUGGUGGCACAACACCACCGUGUACCCGAGAUCCGUGUGGCAACAGCAGCAGAAGGUCCGCUGCAACUUCACGCUCAGCGGGGUGAGUGCAUAA